AUGGGUUCAACCACAUCAACACUUCGAGCUUCGACCAUAAUUCUCCUAGCGUUAACACCCCAAGCGCUAGCGGCAGAUGGUGCCGACUUCUCAAUCAAUUUGUUCUCCGACCUGGCCCCCGUUCUGGCUCUCUUCGGAGAGCAAGUUUCCAAACAGUUCCUGUCCCAGUCCUUGACUUGGCUGGAGGACGUGAUAUUCGCCAUGGCGCCAUUGGGGAUUGUAACGGCAAUAUUAAGCGCAGUACGAGUCGGUGGGCCAAACUGGCUUAAGGCAGUUGUCGGGAGGGCUAGGGGAAGCAGGGCAGUCGCAGAGGUGGAACUCAUGUCCUCCACCUCACACGAGGUGUGCGAACUUUGGAAUGGGGAGGCCAUCGUUCGGGUCAUGGGUUCUCCAGAAGUUGCCGAGAUUCUUUAUUUCAAGGAUGGGACGGAUGGACAGGGAGGACCUAGGUUUCUUACACUGGAGGCAGCUAAAGAAAAUGGAAUAUUGAGAAACACUAAAGAAAGGAGGAUGAAGUAUGGCCCAACCCUGCCAAGAGAUGCUACUCCAAUCAGCACCCCUAACAUAUCGUUGAACAUCUGCGAAGCCAACGAACAGGGAGAGUUAUGGCUAUUUGCUAUUCUAGGCAUUGUCCUUCAAUUCGGUUGCUUGAUCUUUAUUGGAAUCACCCGCUUCCACCCCAAGAUAAAUUGGAAGGACCAGAAUUCUGAGUACGCUUACCCCCUUAUGGCAUCCGGGACUCUGCUUGUAGUUAUGGGGAUGAUGGCAUGUUCGCGCGCAGUGCAGGCCUCAUCCGAAGAGGAUAUAUGGGUGGCCGAGAGGAGCUUUAGGAUUCUAUGGGUGCAAAAGAGUUCGCGGGUCAAUGAUCAGCACUUCGGGUCAUAUGCACUACUUGGGGACGGGGAACGCAAGAAAAUUAUUACGUCUCGUCGCAGAGCUCACAUAUACGCCUCCCGGAUCUUUCUUAGCACUCUGGCGGUUGCUGGAUCAUUCGUCUGCAUUGCCGGCUUUGUCACCCAGUUUGUCGGACUUCGUGCCCUGCAUUGGUCAGCCUCCAUCGCACAGUUGGUUGUAACAUUGACAAUGACUGCUAUGAGAACCUGGAUUCGUCGAAAAAUGUCUGAGCAGCCACGACCCAUCAUGCUCCCGGUUGAUAGUUGGAUCGAUAGGCUCACACUGACCUUUGGGACAUCCCCAGAUAGACUAUGGGACACAAGAAACCCUUACCCCCAACAUACUUCCCAUUCUAACUGGGAGGUGAUAAUCCUCCAUAAGUAUAUUGGGUAUGAUGAUGCUCAAAAGGCACAUAAUGCUCCUAAUAAGCACUCACAAAAUAUCACCAGGAUGCGAAUGGGCCUUGGAUAUUCUACGAGUUGGAACGGGAGCUCGGAUCCCUUUGUACAGGAACUAGACACCUUCCUUCAGUCUUUGCUGUCCUAUUUUACGACCUCGGAGGAUGUAUUUCUUGUCGACAGCUUCAAUCAUUCUGGAGUUUUUCGUUAG